AUGUUCGAGAUGUGGAGCGCGGUGAGUUCCAAAUUGGAACACUCCGCGUCCUCCUCGGGUUCGCCGUUGCCGCUAACUUCGCACACACCACAGACACCACACACGUCGUCUGGCAGUAUAAAAGCCCAGAUAGAGAUAAUCCCGUGCAAGGUUUGCGGCGACAAAAGCAGUGGUGUGCACUACGGUGUAAUCACCUGCGAGGGUUGCAAGGGUUUCUUCAGAAGAUCCCAGUCGUCAGUUGUCAACUACCAGUGUCCAAGGAACAAAAACUGCGUAGUAGACCGCGUGAACAGGAACCGGUGCCAGUACUGCCGGCUACAAAAGUGCCUACGUCUGGGCAUGUCCAGAGAUGCCGUUAAAUUCGGUCGCAUGUCGAAAAAGCAGCGUGAGAAAGUGGAGGACGAAGUGAGAUUCCACAGGGCGCAAAUGAGAGCGCAAUCUGAGACAGCGCCAGACAGCAGUGUAUUUGAGCAUCAGACUCCGAGCAGUUCGGAUCAGCAUCACUCCUACAACGGCGGCUACACGUACAGUGGAAGUGAGUACGCAUCGCCGGGUCCAGGAACGGGCGGCUCUGGAUACUACAAUCAUCAGGCAAUGACUAGCUACGAGUUGAGUGCGGACUACGUCGACAGUACAACGACAUACGAUCCACGACCAACUCCAGCCCAGGUCGAUCCACUCACCCCCGACACAGCGUCAAUAGGAGCUGCCGGGGUUCUACCUAACAUGGUCACCACAGGAAAAUCACUGACCGCAUCGACAACCGGAAGCGGUACGGGUGGUAGUUCAGGUGGUGGUACUAAUAAUACUAGUAACAAUAAUGGGGGUAGCAAUGGAAACGGGAGCAAUGGUGGUGGUACAGCGAGCGGUGGUUCACUGAGUGGUGGUGGAAUUGUCGCUGUCAAACAAGAGACCACGGUUGAGCUUGCCAGCCUUGGUCAUGGCUCUUACACGAUGGUUGACUCGACAACGUUCAUCAGUGGCCAACAGCAAAGGCCCGACAAUCCACCGGAGGACGACGAAGUCCCUAAUCUGCCCAGUAUGUCCCAUACGAGAUAUCCGGCAGAUCUCACUGGGAUGCUCGUCCAGACACUGGCGGCCGCUCACAAGAAGACAUUGCUGGUCAGUACGGAGGAGAUACAGGAGGCCUUUCGCACGCCUCAUGACUUCACAAAGUUGAUCUUUUAUAAGAAUAUGGCGCAUGAACAACUUUGGUACGACUGUGCACAGAAAUUGACGAAUGUCAUUCAGGCGAUCAUUGAAUUCGCCAAGAUGGUCCCUGGGUUUAUGAAACUCACGCAGGACGACCAGAUUGUUCUACUCAAGGCCGGUGCCUUUGAAAUGGCUGUGCUACGUAUGAGCAGGUACCUCGAUCUCCAACAGAACUGUGUUCUGUACGGUGACACGAUGCUGCCACAGGAUGCCUUCUACACAACCGAUACAGCUGAAAUGAAACUGGUGUCGUGUGUCUUUGAAUUAGCGAGAAGUAUCGCUGAGUUGAAACUCACUGAGAGCGAGCUUGCCCUCUACAGUGCUGUUGUACUCCUUAAUCCAGAACGCACUGGACUCAAAGACGUACAAGACAUCACGAAGCUGUCACAAGCUGUGAUCAUGGCCCUCAGAUACGAGCUCGAUCGUAAUCACGUGUUACCAAUAAAGGGUGAUGUGACUGUGUGCGAUGCGCUUCUCGCUAAGAUACCACAGUUGAAAGAAGUAUCAUUACUUCACAUGGACGCCCUCAUCAAGUUCAAACGUUCACAGCCACCGCAUAUUAUUGACUUUCCGCCCCUUCAUAAAGAGCUAUUCAGUGUCGACAGCUGAACGGCCGUCGAUGCACAGGGCGACCCAUCACUGGCUGACGACGUGGAACGCGAGUGAUACGUGGGCCUUGCUCUGUCAAGAUCAUUUCCUUCGUAUUGAACAUAUUGGGCCUUACAUAAACAUAACAUUGUUAUAUAUAAAGUAUACAUAAAGAAAAA